AUGGAUAGUAGAAUUAUGAAAUAUGAUAAUGGUCAAACAAUACAAUAUGAGAGAGAGUUGAGAGACAGACAAAUUUGUCACUUGUCAGUUGAGCAUCAUUUUUCAAAAAUAACCAAACCAAGUAGUAAAUCGAUGGAUCAACUACUCAACGAACAACAACAAUACUACAAUAAGCGUAGUUGGGAAUACGAUAAAUGGUGGAAUCGUGUUGAUGAAUUUCAUCAAAGCGAGUAUCUAGAUAAUGAGUUUCAUCAAAAUAAAAAGCCAAUUUUUGAGUUUAUGAAAUCCCUUACUGUUGGAGUUGCCAGACCAACAAACAACGAACAGAAAAUCAAUGUAUUAGAGUUGGCACCAGACUCUUACUAUCCAACCCGCUACAAGACGAGAGCACACGAGAACACUAUUUAUAGAGUCGAAUAUAAACCAGAGACCCAAACUGAUUAUUCAAUUGAAAGACAGUUGACAAAUGGAGAUAAAUACAGAAUCGUUAAAAUUGGAUUCUCUACCGAAGAUAUCAUCUCUAUUUUGAAUUCUGUUGGAUUCAUUAUGGAAAAGGGUGACACUUGUGCAGUUAACUCAACUUUUAUCUAUGGUAGUUUCUCUAAACCUAUCGAACAAUAG